CACUAUGGUUUUACUCGUUAUUUUAUUUUGCAUUUGUCGUUUAAGUAGGCUCUGAUGGCCGUACUAUUAUUCUUUCGUGUAAAUAAAACUUUGAUUACCUUUUGUUAAUAAACGUCGCGUAAAUAAAAUAAUUUAGUUUCUGAUACAGAAGAUAACCCUGCUUUAUGUGUGAACCAAGGAGGUGGAGUGCUACGGCCUGUAUCGCCAUUAUCAGCUGCAUGUACUGGGGCAUGAUAAGAACAUGGGAAUGCUAUUCAUGUUCUGGCUCUGGGGACGACUGCAAAGGGGCCUAUGAGUAUCAUAAAAAGACUUGCGACGUUGGAACUACGACUUGCACCACAAUCCGGCAUUAUAACAUGGCAAUAAACUUAAAGAUGUACGUCAGAGAUAAAGUUCAUUAUGCCCGGGACUGUGGAAAAGGUUACUUUAGUCGCGUAUGGAUUGAUGCGCAAAUGCGUACCCGGUCCCUUGUCGAAGCAGAAAUUGCCAUUUGCGGUUCUUCUUUAUGCAACGGGCAGGGAGAACCGUAUACUACGCCAAAUAUUACCUUUCCUGAACGCUUUAAUGAAAGCUCUUUAACUACUACCACUGCAAAGCCUUAGCAGUAAAUAUGCAAAACUGUAUGUUAAUAUUAAUUUGUUUCACGCUUCUCGUCUGAAUCUGGUGAAUUGCCGCAUAGGAUGAGCAAAAUUUCUUUCUAGUGUUUCUGUUUCUGACCGCAAACAGUUCACGCGCGCUGCGCGACAUGAGAGACGCAUUGUGGCAGACCUUAAGAAAACGUUUUUGCUUCUCAAGUGCGAAAAGGAGUAAACAGCCUCGC